UGUUGGGAUGCAUCUCCUGACAGUGACCAACAACAGCAGGUCAAAAGUGAACUGCGCCACGAGGUGUUUUACCUCGAGCUUCCAGUGCGAGGCUUUCAUCUUCCAAGAGACGAUGCAGUGUUGCAUGACGGGAUUAGGGUUGUGGAAAAUGGGCGUGUUUCCUACGCCCCUUCAGCUAUUGUACUCUUCAGGCGUGAACUACUGCCCAUCUGAGUCGGGCUACACACAGGUGUUCAGCAACGACACCGGACUCUGCCUGUACGUUUCCAACGAGACUGACAACUAUUCGACGGCCUCACAUUCUUGUAAACAAAAAAGUGGCAUAUUGAUGACGGUCAAAACCUUUGAAAGAAACACUAUUGUGAUGUCCAUUGUGAACCAAGUCGGGAGAGUAUAUAUCGGUCUGGACGAUAUAGUCACGGAGGGACACUUUGUCUGGUCAGAUGGAACAAACCUCACUGACACACAAAUGGCUUUCAUUUUUAGAAUUGGAAAGCCAUCACCGAUCAACUCUGCGGAGGACUGUUGUGUAAUUAGAUCAGAUGGCGGUAAUGAUGAAGCAUGUUCCACUUUAUACAAGUAUAUUUGUGAAUAUGUGCCUUGACGAUAUCUUUGCGAUUGAGAACAAGCCUUGCGUAUGACAUUCAAUGUUCUGUACACGUCUCUUGCUCUCACAUGCAAGCAUUUUGUCUUAAUAAACUUUGCUUCUUAAUGUGCUAAUAUAUCGCCUGAACGUCAUUGGUGUAAGAGCCGAGCCUCUCAGUUCAUUGCAUCGGAUCUAAUUACUUUUGCCAUCAGACGAAGGGAGUCUACAAUCUAUACAAUCUCUACCGUAUUUACAGUAAUAGAUGCACGAACUGUGGCAAACUUUGCCGCUCAAGAAUUGGGUUUGAUCAGUCCCUCCGGAGUCUGCCCCGUCUCAAGACGAAACCAAACACAGUGACUCAUGUGGGCGCAUCCAUUGUCUUCCGAGACAGAAGGAGCCAGAUAUCUUUAAAAUCUUUGAAAUCUCUACAAUCGUUACAACCUUUACAAUCUCUACAGUUUUUACAAUCUCUACAAUCUUUACAAUCUCUACAAUCUUUACAAUCUCUACAAUCGUUACAAUCUUUACAA